AUGAGCAGCGACAGAGUCGAGGCGGCGGAGGACGCCAUUCAGGCGGUUGUCAUCGCCGACAGCUUCAACUACCGCUUUCUUCCCGUCACAAUCGAGCAGCCGCGAGCCCUCCUCCCACUGGUGAACCGCCCGCUCAUCGAUUACACGGUGGAGUUCCUGGCCGUGGCCGGAGUCCAGGAGAUCUUCGUCUACUGCUGCACGCGUGCGGAGGCCGUACGAGCUCACCUGGAGCGUCUCACUGGAUGA